AAUUAAAUUUAUGUAGGAUUUAUAUGUACUCAAACUAUUUUAAAAACUUGAAAAAAUUUCCGUUUUUUUCCUGAUUAUUCACAUUAUCUUGUCCAUCUUUUGUAUAUUUGCACGAUUUUUAUCAUGGUUUUAUCAUCAUAUUGUAAUAGUUAUAAUUGCAUGUUCUUAAUUAGCAAAGUGCGUCAUUAUAUGACUGUGUUCUUUAUCGAUCAUCAGUAUCGCUAACUUCCAACAAUUAGACAUGUGGAAUUGAAGAUUAGAAUGAAAAUUAUAUUACGACGUAUCAUAACAGGAUAUCUAUUAAGAAAAACCAGAGAAUCUCGAAAUUAUUUUCAUUAAUAAGAGAUUAAUUCAUCAUAUGUCUUUAAAUAAAAUUUAUCUUUGAAAUAAGAUCAUACAUUGUUCAAAUAGUAGGUACUUAUCAAUAUUGUUCUUUUAAUAAAACGUUCUUUAAUUGAUUUUACAAAUAAUAUUGCAGGAAAAAAUUGGCACUUUUCAUACCAUUUUCCAAAAUUGUUCUUCAUUUUUUAAAACAUUAAAGUUUUUUAUUGCUAAUGUAAAUAAAUAUCAUUAUAAAUAGUUUUAAUAGUUUUAAUUCUUUUCCUUCAAUAUCUCUUAAAAAGUGUUCUCUAGAAAAAUGAUAUUGCACUAUUAAAGUAUUGUACAUUAUAUUUAUUCGGAACAAGGAUGAAGUCUGUAUUAAAGAUAAAUAACGACCCAAUUUGUCAUUGAUAUAAUAAGUAGUGUAUUUCCCAGGUAUUCACAUUAUUUUGUCUAUAUUCCCUGUACAUAUUUAUGGAAAGCGGUGGAUAGAACGGUAUCUAGAUGGUUGAAUACGGGGUCAUGACUUCGAAGUUCGAGCCGUUUGACCCCUCUUUUUUUUGCAACACGAUAAUUCUUCGCGGCUACUUCACAUAAUAAACAAUAUUAUCGCUCCAAGUACGAUCGUUCAAACUUCAUUUUUAAGUGAUAAUCAGGGAAAUUAAAGUCCACGGCCGAUUCAGUAGCAUCAAUCGUCUAUAUCUUAAACGGAUGAAUAACAAAAUUCUAUUUGAUUACAAGGUGACGUUGAAAUGUACCUUGUAGUUUCUCUUUGAUAUCUGAUCGAAGUUCGAAAGAGUUGCGGACGAUUUGGUUCAAGUGCCGGCGCGUCGCACCGAGGCCGCCACACGGCGAUGAACAUCGCCAGGAUUAACGAACGAAUCAUGAUCAGGCUUGCAAUCCUCCUCGUUCUCGUAAUCAACCUGGCAAAUGGCCAGCUCAACUACGAGGGAAAUCCGUUUACCGAAUACACCGAAUACAUCGCGGAGGAGAGUAAUCUGUCUGAAAAAUCCGCUAGGAAAAAUGACGCCUCGAUCGAUCUGCCUAAUUCCGAAGUAUCGUCUCGUCCUCAGAAGCUAUACCCAAUCGUUGAGUCUGAAAACGACGGACGCUCAUUGCAAGCGAUGGAAACCGAUAAUUUUCUCAAACAACAGACUUCAUCUUCGGAUACGUCCGCUCGGCAGUUUCAGGAUUCUUCCGGAAACUCGCCGACCAGCCAUGCGCAGGUUGCGCUAAACACAUUCUUGAACUCCAGGACACCCGAGGAAUCUCGUUUGUCUCUCGAUCACUAUCUCCGCAGUCAACAGCCGCCAGAGGAUCAGUCGCGAUCCUCGGAUACGAUUAUCGGUCAAGAGCCGUCAAAGUCGAUCGAACCCUUUAAUCCUCAUCCAAUCUCUCAUGUCGAGCAACAACAACCGUCGCUGGUUCCCCAAGUGAACCAGCAACAGGUGCAAUUGACGUCGCAACCAUUGAAUCAGGCCCAGAUAGUGUCGCAGACCGAUCAACGGCAACAAUUGUUCCCGCUUGCCGGUCAGUCUUACGGUUACGUAGGACAACCUACCGUGGUACAGGCGCUACAGCCCGUGAUUAGGACACCCGCCGGAGUCGUCCUGGGGCAGAAAAUGUUGCCGGUACCGCUCGUGCCUGCUUUCCAGUCCAGGAACGACAUGAUAACGCCGGCGAUGUGGCGGGAGAGAAUGAGGAGGAUACGCGGGAAACCGUUUCCUUUAGCGCAAUCCAGGAUAACGCCGGCAUUGUACCAAGGACCAAUUGCAGUUCCUUUCAAGGCCAAGGCACCGAUGGAAGUGAUCUAUACGAAGCCACCGGGUUUCCAUCGGGGACCACCCGUUCUCAGCAACCCACCGGUUCCCUAUGAAGACGCGAGCGCCUGGUUCCCCGAGACCGAUCAACCGCCUACCCACAAGGACGUUUACUACUCGCAGCUGUACGCACAGUCCUACGAUCCUCAUUAUUACAAUUACAUCGCCACGACCGGCAAAAUCCGGCCGUACUUGUACGGAAAGCUGGGCAAGCAUCGGGAGGAGGAGGAGGACGGCAUCUGGUCGGAGCUGUAUCGCGGCUUCAAGAAGCACGGCCUGAGGAACAUCAUGACACCGACCUUCCUGCUAGGCAUGACACUACCGGUGGUGACUCUGAUGCUCUCCGCUCUCGUGCAGAAGCGAUCUCUCGCGCGCUCCGGCGACGCGAGGGAACUGACUCAAGAGGACGCUCUGCGAGAAUACCUCGAAAGGCUGCAAAGAGCGAUGGAAUGUUACGGUAAGAAUUCCCGAAACGCGAAGCUAGACGAAUGCUAGAAUCAAAGAUACGUUGGAGGCUCAUGUUGGAUGCAUGACGUCAAUCUGAUACGUGUAUCGGAUAACGCGCGAAGAAGUAGCUCGAUCGGCCACGACGUUGAGAGUUGCAUUAGAUAUUCAGGUGGCAGCGAAAUGUUAACAUUCGAACUGUUUAUACAUCGAUAUUAAAAUAUCGGACUGCUUCUUUGCAUUUCGCUCAACGACAAUCGGAUGUAUGAUCUUUUGAUUCUGGAAUUUGUUUACUUAACGCGACAUUACACCUAGUUUCGAGUAAGCUGUCGUAUGUUUUGGGAUAAACACACGGCAAGAAUAAGAAUUUUUGUAUUUAAAUCGUGAUAAAAAUAAUACUCUUAAUUAAAAUCGCGCGUGCUUUGCAGACAUAAACAUGUAGGUAACUGCAUUUGAACAGAGGUUGGCCUCGUUAAUCAAGUAUGACAAUUUCAGUCUAUAGAACGUUAAUACAUCUACAGAAUCGUAAUAGAGAAUAUUAUAUAUAUAUAUAUAUAUUACAUUCUUAGAAUGGUUGCAUGAACCCGAUACAUCAAGGAUAUCGAGAGCACCGUAGAUUCGUAAAGUAAUUUACGCCAUACCAAAUCGUAACAUAUAAUUUAAAAAAAGCAAUGCGUUCUGAUUGCAACACGUAUUUGAGAAAGAAAGGCGAGCAAUUUUUUUCAAACAAUUCUUUCGACGGAAAAAGGAAAAAGUUUUAUCCAGAUAUUUUAAUUUUCGUGUACUCAAAGGGCCGUUUCCAGCGGAAAAACGUUUCGCGCACGCGAUUCAUUUCAUAUGCCGCCGUGCUACUGUAAUGUACGCGAUCACCGUAACAUAAGUCUAAUGACACACUAGCGUCAUGUCAUUAGCGUGUUACGCAAGAUCCAUGUGUCUCUCUCUUGUUUAUUUCAAGUCGUUAGUUGCUAUAAUGCUAAAAUAAUAAAAAGAAGAAUAGAUAAAAACUACUAAAGGCUACUCUUCCGGAUUAAAUUUAGGAGAAUUAAAUAGCGAAAGGCAAGCACACACUUGCCGAUGGUACUGCAUUAAACACUGUGUAUAUAUAAUAUGUAUCUAAUAUAUAUAAAAAAUAUAUAUAAUACACUUGCGUUAAGUAUGUAUUAUUGUGCAUAUUUUGUUCACUGUUGCUGACGCAACGAACAUUUCCCACAUUAUCCAUCAAUCUCGGGAAAUCGAGCGCGGAAAUCUUCCUUUCUUUUUUAUUUUAAGCAAGAGGAGGAGGCACGAUAGUGAAAUCUUCAUGAGAACUAAACUUUCGCGUUUCAAUCAUCGUUGCACCUGUUCGCCGGAUGAAGAUAAAUUAAAGGGAAGAAAGAAACUAAUUAUAGCAACAAUAUUAUUUAUUCUUUCGUAUGUGAACGCGACAUCUCUCGUUUCGCAAAGAUUAUUCUACGGAUUGUGAGUAACAUUGAAUUAUACGUUGUAAGAGA